CAGGUGAGGUGGUGGAUUACAAUGACUGCCACAGCCUUGGCCAGUGGAGGUGUGCAGAAACUUCCUAACAACAAAGAGGACAGGAAGUUAAGAAAACCCUUGAUUGAAAGAAAACGAAGAGAGAGGAUUAACAAUUGCUUGGACCAGCUCAAGGAGACAGUUGUUGGGGCCUUUCAGCUUGAUCAAUCUAAACUUGAAAAAGCAGACAUCCUCGAAAUGACUGUAAAGCAUCUUCAGAAUAUCCAAAACAGCAAAAAUAUGGAUUCGAAAAUGGACCUGGAAGCUCAGCAGAGAUACAGCACUGGAUAUAUUCAGUGUAUGCAUGAAGUCCACAACCUCCUCCUGACCUGUGAAUGGAUGGAUAAGACCCUCGGAGCACGGCUACUGAAUCACCUCCUGAAAUCCUUGCCCAGGUCUAGUGAGGAAACUUGCAAGGCUGAUAUGGGUACUUCUGUCCCUGGGAGUGGCAAGGGAAAUCCAGCAGAGUCCGGCCAAUCUCAGGAUCAAUUCUAUGCCACUGAAGACAAACGGGGAUCAAAAAAGGCCUUCUGCCCCAAACUGCCCUCACGUUGUAGUCAGCGCGAGUUGUCAUCUUCUUUGCACCCUCAUAUGGCCCACCAUGGUAUUAGCAUGGGGUCGCUAGACAUGUGGAGACCAUGGUAAAAAUGUCUUGGAAGAACCUUCUUUCUAACCUUAGACCCUCUUUUAUAUGUAUCUUAUAGAUAUGUCUCUUUAAAACACUUUUUGGAGCUGAUCUGCUCCUGUAGGUGUACUAAAGACCAGGGUACUUCCAGCCGAAGUAAACCUCUAUGUAGCCUGCAUUGUAGAAGGCUGCUAUUACAUUGUAUUUAUUUAAUGCAUCUAAAUUAUUUUAUAGAAUCUUCUCUUGG